CCCGACGGAUCGAUGCCAGCCAAAUGAUGACCAGUUGUGGCCAGCAGUCCUUGAACGUGCUCACCGUCCUCUCGUUGCUGAUUUCUGCAGUCUUGUCCGCGCAUUUCCGGGUCUGUGAGCCGUAUACGGACCACAAAGGCCGCUAUCACUUUGGCUUCCACUGCCCCCGGCUCUCGGACAACAAAACCUUCAUUCUCUGCUGUCACCAUAACAACACGGUUUUCAAAUACUGCUGCAACGAGACAGAGUUCCAGGCGGUGAUGCAGGCGAACCUCACGGCCGGCUCCGAGGGCUACAUGCACAACAAUUACACCGCCCUGCUGGGAGUGUGGAUCUAUGGCUUUUUCGUGUUGAUGCUGCUGGUCCUGGAUCUUUUGUAUUACUCGGCAAUGAACUACGACAUUUGCAAGGUUUACCUGGCGCGGUGGGGCAUCCACGGACGAUGGAUGAAACAGGACCCCCGGCGGUGGGGCAACGCUGCCCGGCCCCCCCCGCCAGGGCAGCCCGCCCCACAGCCCCAGCCUCCCCCAGGCCUGCUGCCGCAAGCCCCCCAGGCCGUGCACACGCUUCAAGGAGAUGCUCACAGCCCACCACUGAUGACCUUCCAGAGUUCAUCUGCCUGGUGA